GUUGUAACGUUUUGGCGGUUAAGCCAGCAUUGAAAGAGUCUGUUUAUGUUUGGAGUCGACGCGCAGAUUCAAGAUAUUGCAGCUUGCAAGUGCUUAGUGCUCAUUGAUUGAUAAGUGCUUCUAUCUUUACAGAGCUCGUAAAGCUAAAACAUUUUAUUCAGACAAAUUAUAAAUAAAUAAAAAAAAUACAAAAUGAUUAUCCGAGAAUUUUCAAUUCCUAUGGAUAAAGAGGAGCUUGUAAGAGUAUAUUUUGGAGAAUAUGGGCACCGUGAUCCUGUGCCAUUGCAAAUGAUUAACCGAGAAAUACAAGCAAUUACCCUACAAUACAUAUCAGAAACACCACCGAUAGAACUAACUAGAGAAAAGCAAGAUUUAUUUAUGUCUAUAAUAGUACAUGGAACAAAGAUAGAGCUGACAGUUCUUUUGAGAGCUUUUGGAAAAGCUUUAAGAAUUUUACAAAAUUUUAUCGCUCUCCUUGAGAAGAAAACAGUGAACAAUCAAGAUAUAGAUUGCGAAGAUGAAGAGAAAGCUGCAUUACUUGAUUCGACCAAAAUUUUGGCUUAUAUUACAUCAUCUAUUUUAUGUUUAAUAGAAGAUCAAAUUGCAGAUAAUGCUAGUCAAAAUGCAAUGGAAAAUAUUGGCAAACGCAAAAAAAAUGUUCAAAAGUCUGACAUUGAAGAAGAAUGGGAAACUCAAAGAGAAAUGGCUCUUGAAACCAUGUUCAGAUGGUUACAGUUGCCUCUUAAACAGUUAUGGACUCCUCCUAUUGUUGAAGAUUCAUUUGUAGGAAUUAUCAGUCAAAUUUGCUACAAAAUAUUAGAAAAAACCAAGGAUAUUAAAUCCAAGCAAGUUAGAAUGUUGAUUUUUCAAAUUCUUGGCACUCUGGUAAAAAAAUAUAACCAUGGAAUAGCUUGUGUUGUUCGAAUCAUACAAUUAGCCAAAUUUCAUGAAGCUUUGGCAGCUCCCAUUGGAGCAGGAGUUGUUCUUAUGGUAAAUGAAUGUGGCUGCACUGGUUUAAUCAAAGAAAUAGCUAGAGAAAUAGGUGAAAGCGAACCAGGAGAAGCUGACGCACGCAAUUUUUCUAGUUUUCUUGAAUCUAUUGCUGUUACUAAAGCAGAAAUAGUAUUACCCAUAUUAGAUUCAAUUAUGGACUAUCUUGAUAAUGAGUGUUAUACUAUGAGGAAUUGUGCUAUUGGUGUAAUGGGUUUGGUUGUGUCCACUUCCUUGACUGGUGAAGAAUUAGCAACUGAUAAACGAGCACUGCGUGAUGAAUGUUUGGAUAACUUAGAAGAACAUAUAUUAGAUAGUAAUGCUUAUGUUAGAUCUAAAGUUUUACAAACCUGGCAAAAAUUAUGCUGUGAUGGAGCAAUACCUUUAUCUAGGUAUAACGGCUUAUUGAAAAAUACUGUUCUCAGAUUAGAUGAUAAAAGUGCUAAUGUUCGCAAACAAGCUUUGCAAUUACUUCGAGCAGUUUUACAAAGUAAUCCUUUCACAUCUAAGAUGAAUCAAGAAAAAUUUGCUCAAAAUUUAGAACAAGCUAAAGCUGAAUUAAAACAGUUGCAAACUCAAAUUUAUCAUACAUCUGGAGCUGAAGAAGAAAAAGAAGAAUUAUGGAAAACUCAACUGCCAUUAAUUGAGAAGGCCAUUAAUAAAUUAACUGAAGCAGAAAAAAAUAAUCCUUCAAAUGAAGAUGAUGAAAAUGAGAAAGAAAAUGGAGAUGAAAUUGACAUAAAGGAAACUUUUGACAAAAUACAAAAUUACAUUUUAAAAGAUAAAUGUUUAAAGGCUGUCAAAUAUUUACAAAAACUCUUCAAUCAAUCUGGUUUUGCCAAGGAAAUGAAAAAUCUUUCUGAAGAAACUAAGAAAGAAGCUCUACUACUUUUUAUGUAUAAAAUAUUUAUGAACUCUACAACAAAAACAGAAGAAAAUAUUAAAGAUGAAGAAGAUGAGGAUAAUAAAGAUGAUUGCAAAAAAAGGUUAGCUCAUAAUCAAGAAGAAAUAAAAAUUAUGGAUCAAAUUAAAGUAAAAAAGAAACUAGUCAAUUAUUUACAGAAUUGUUAUACGUUUUCUCUUGAGCUGGAACAAACUAUUCCUCUAGUGGAAAAAUUAUUAUACUCUGUAAAUCCUGGUGAUGCAAUUGAAGCUUGUUCUUUUCUCGGAGCAGCUUAUCAAUUCCAAAUCAAUGGUGCAUUAGGAGGAGUUCGUAAAGCACUUUUCCAAAUUUUCUGCAAAGAUCAAUCAGUACGAGACAACCUUGCAUCUGUAUACAAAGAAAUUUAUCUGGAUCAUUCAGGAAGCCAAUUGUCUAAUCGACAAAAAGCUUUAUUAUCUGUUAAAGCACUUAUACAGUUAUUGGAUGGAAUGCAACCAGGUCAAAGUUCUGCACUAUCAAAACUUCUUGUUUCAUGGAGGACUAAUAAUGAAUUAGAUACUGAAUCUUUAAAGGUCAUGUGGGAAAUGUUUUCACUGAAGUUGGCUAAUACUACUCCAGAAGAAAGUAGAUCCGCUUUAAUGCUUUUGACAAUGGCAGCACAGUUUGAGCCUAAUAUUAUAACAGAUAAUCUUGAUGUAUUGAUAAAAGUGGGAUUAGGUCCAAGGGCUCAAACUGAUCUUCUUUUAGCUCGUGAUACAUGUAGAGCUUUUUUAACGAUUAAACAGGAUUGUUCAAAAGACGUUGAUAAGUCUCCUAUAAAAUAUCCCAAUAAUCAUGAAAUCUUUGUACAAAUUUGUUCUUUACUCAAAGAAAAUUUCUUUGAAGAAGUAGAAAAUGGAUAUGUUUCAUUUGCUACAGAUGCUAUAAAUGUAAUUUACCAACUUGCAGAUCAACCAGCUAAAAUUAUGGAAGAAAUAAUGUGCCAUAUUGGCAAAAAAAGCAAUUUGAUUAAAGAACUUGAUAGUGCAGAAUCUACUACUGAAUUAUUAUCAGUUCAUCUUGCUCGUUUUCUAUUUUUAAUUGGUCACAUUGGAAUACGUGCUAUGGUUCAUUUAGAUGUAUCAGUUUAUAAAGAGCUUAAACGUCGAAAUCAAAUACGUGAAAAGAAAAAAGAGUUAAAAGCCAGAGUCAGUAGUGCACGUCGGCGUAAAUCUAUGAACAUGUCUACAACUUCAAUGAGCUCUGUCAAUGUGUCAAGCGCGUCGAUUAUGAACAGUGCUACUAGAUCGGCUCGAAAAAAUAAAAAUGAAGAGGAACAAGAUGAUAAUAUGGAAGGUGCUACUGCUGAUGAUGCUGAUUUUGAACAUAUUAACAUGUGUCUUGAAGAAGAACUACUUGCACAGAGUGGUUUCUUUGGAAAAUUAAUACCACUUGUAUUGGAAGUUUGUCAGCACCCUGAAAAAUAUUCAGAUGAAAUUGUCCAAGCUUAUGCUGUUAUAGCACUAAGCAAACUCAUGACAAUAAGUUCCAAUUUUUGUGAGGCAAAGCUUCAACUUUUAGUGACUAUUCUUGAACGCUCUCAACACGCACAAAUACGUGCUAAUAUUCUCGUGGGUCUUGCAGAUCUUAUGUGCAGAUUCCCAAAUCAAAUUGAACCUUGGACUUCUCAUAUUUAUGGACGUUUAAAGGACGAAAAUCUCAAUGUAAGAAGUACGUGCGUUCGAAUGUUAUCCAAUUUGAUUUUAGGUGAAAUGAUUCGAGUUAAGGGACAAGUAGCUCAAUUAGCCCUUUGCAUGAUUGAUGAUAACGAUACGAUUCGUACUGAUACAAGGCAAUUAUUCAGAGAUUUGUCCCAAAAGGGAAAUGCACUUUACAACGUGAUGCCAGAUAUUCUUUCUUGUUUAUCAGACUCGGAUUUAAAUUUGUCGGAAAAAAAUUUCCAAGAAAUUAUCAAAUAUAUUUUAGGGCUUUUACAGAAAGAUAGACAAGUGGAUAGUAUUAUUGAAAAACUCUGCAGUCGAUUUAAAUUAGCGACAACUGAAAGGCAAUGGCGGGAUUUGUCAUACUGCUUAUCAUUGUUGAAAUUCAGUGCCAAAGGUAUACGAGUUUUAAUGAAAGAUCUACCUCUAUUGAAAGAAAAAAUUCACAAUGAAGAUGUUCAAAAAGCCUUAAACGUCAUUGUCGAACAAGCAAAACGUAGACCAGAAGCUAAAACAGCUUGUCUAGAACUUGAGGAAAAAAUCAAAGAACUUUUAGACAGUACUGAGGAUGGGGAAGAUGGACAGCAAUCUACACAACAAAAUCCGAUUUCUGAUAGUGAAGCAAUGCCUCCUCCAUUGAGACCUGUACCUAAAUCAGUAAAAGCUAAAAAGCAAGCUUCAAGACGCAUGAGAAUAGUCGAUGACGACGAUGAAGACGAUGAUGAAGAGUUAGAUGAAAACCGUGAAAACACGUCAUCUGGGAGAAGCAAUUUAUCCACGAGAAGUACAAGACGAGGAAGAUCAGCAUCAACAACAAAAGAUGAAACUAUUGACGAUUCUGAAGAAGAAAGUAGAAACGAAACACCUAAAAGGUCUACUCGAAAAAGUGCGCGAGGUUCAGCGACAGAACCAAUUAAACCGGUUUCAACCAGAAAAACUCCUGUUGGUCGAAGAAGAAAAGAUAGCGAAGAAAGCAUAUCUACUCCUUCAAAACGGUCGCGGGCAAAUAGAACCUAGCACUAAAAAUAUUACUGAUGCAAUAAUUAAUAUAGUGCUUAUAUUUAUAUUCUAAUUACGUUUUUAGAGUAAAGAUGUAAAUAUUGGUAAGUUGUUUAUAAAAAAUUAACAAGAACUAGACUUAAUAUAAUUUAUAUUCAUAAUAUAUUUAAUCUUGGACUUAUAUCUAAUAACAUUAGUAUAAGUACUUUGUGUAACAACAUAAAUGCACGUUUUUGUUUGUCCUUUUGUACCAUCAGAAAAUUGCCGAUAAUUUUUUUCCAUUACGGCAAAUAAAUCAUUAAUGAUAUAAUGAG